GGGAACUGAGCCGCACAUACAGCUGAAGCAGAGGCAGAGAACGUUCCAGACCAAGACAGUACGAGAACGCACAGGCUAAACUGAAAUGAUGAAGAUGAUGACUUUCUUCCAGCCAAGCCAGAGCAACCCCUCUGUACCUCCUCAAUAUGAGUCUGAACCCAGCCCUAUUGGCAGAAAGCCCUCUGCAGUGUCAGAGACAGAGUCUGAUACGAUUUCACUAGCCUCCUCUGAGGAUCUCUCACCCCGAAAGGAGGGGGGCUUGAUCCCAUACAAGGAAGAGGAGAAGAAGAAAAAGAAGAAAGGAAUCCGAAAGAUGCUUAAUGUGAUUAACAAAGGGAUAAGAAGGAAGAGCCAUUCCAGCCCCAGUGAUGAGGUGCCAGAGAUGGAGGCUAAGCCUGACACGCCACCCCCUACAGUGGAGGAGCUCUACUCAGCGCUAGAACAGGGGCAGCUGGAGGUGGCGCAUCACCUAGUGAGGCUGGAGCGGGAGCUGGCGCAGGACGGAAGUGGAAUGAAUGAGGAGGAGCUGAUCCGCCAGCAAAGCAAGGUGGAGGCCCUGUAUACGCUGCUGAAGAUAGCCGUGCUGCGUGUGCUUCGCUGGCCUAAGGAGACGGAGCCAGGACUCCUGCUCCAGGCCCUGAACAUCAUCCUGGAGCAAGAGCAAGAGGACCGAAGGGUGGCGGCUGAAGCAAGGGAGCCCUCAGCCCUGGUGACCACCCGGCCCCGGCGCUGGCUCAAGCUGUGGCAGGAAGGCGUGCAGGACUCCGUAGAGGCUCGGAUGACUCGGCCUCACUCCAUGACCCCAGAUGGACCCAGGCCUGAAGGCAAGGAGGCCAGCUCAGAGGCUGCCCAGAGCUUUCUGCACAUGGGCAAGACAAUGAAGGAAGACCUUCUGUUCGUGGCCGAGCGCCUCCAGCCCCUCUAUCCGGCUGAGUUCAAUGUGUUCCAUACCUACGCCAUGUGCUAUCAUAACUAUUUCUCAGCCCACGUCUCCUCCAUGGCUCAGUUCGAGCUCAGUAAGCAAGACACCUCUCUCUUGCUUCUCUGGGUGCAGAACCUCUACCCAAAUGAAAUCAUCAAUAAUGUCAAGCUAUCAGGGAGACUUCAAGAAAUCGGCUUGGGGAGCCUCCUGCCACCCAAACAAAUCCGAAGGCUAGAAGUCAACUACCUAUCUGAUGAGACGGCAAGUGUCCAGGAACUGAUGAACGAGGGGCUGAAGCUGGAAGUGAAGAAAUGGUCAGAGGACAAGGAGCCCAUAUAUCUAGAAGGAUACUUCCACAGUGAGCUCCCAAUUGACAUCAUCCAGAUUAUCUCUGGGUUACAAAUCAAGGCUGAGAACAUUACAAUUGACCUGGGUAAACAGAUAAAACCACUGCUGAUGACUAAGUUCUCCUCCUUCCUGAAAAGCUACCAACAAGCCUUUGUAGACUUCUUGGAGAAAGGCAAACAACAGAAACAUUACAGAGCCAUCAUCAUGGCCAACAUCAACAACUGCCUGGCUUUCAGGACACACAUUGAAAAGGUUUCCCAGACACUGAAGAAGGAGCCUUCGAGCUUCAUCUUCCACCCCCUCCCUGAGAUAGAGCAAGGUGGCUUCAACAUUCUGCUCCAAGACCUGUUCCUGGUACUGAAGCCUCUGUUCAAGAGGCUGACACAGACCCGCUGGGCCACCCAUGAGGAAACUGUGGCAGAAAUCAUUAGGAUCACCAGUGAGCGUCUGCCAGAAUUCAAGGCCCUAAGAAAACGGUACCAAGAGGACAUCAUGGAAGCUAUUCACCUAUACCUAGUGAAGGAAUACAUCAUCCGGCUCAGCAAGAAGCGACUAGUGCUAAGGACUGCAGACCUUCAAUUGACCUUGGCCGGACAGAUCUCGAUGGAUGCCACGAACAUCCAACACUUCUGUUCCCAGAAUGGAUCUCCUGCAACCUGGCUAGAGCCAGCCCUCCCUACCCUGGCAGAAAUCAUUCGGCUCCAGGAUACUAGCGCCAUCAAGCUCGAGGUGGCAACAUUUGCCAAUAGGUUCCCAGAUUUCAGCAAAGGGCAUUUGGGAGCCAUCCUGACCAUCAAGGGCAACUUGAGCCACAGCGAGAUCAAAAGCAUCAAAAACAUUUUGGACGUUAGCACUUUGGUGACAGAUUCCUCCAAGUCCCUGUUUUCACUUAUAAAGGAUCCUUCUCGUUCCCUCGGAAAGGGCUACAAUAACCUUGGAAUGGACCAGUACUGGACCAAGACCCUCUUGAGCCUGACUCUGAUUCCUCCCCGCCUGGGAGCAGCCUGCUAAGUGGGGCCAAAAGGCAGGAUUGGAAAUGGGAGGCCUCAGAGUCCUCUGCUGAGGGAUCAUGUCCAAGGAGCUCAUAGUAGAGCGGCCCCAGCCUUUUCCUUUCAGAACCUUUUGGUGGCCACAUAUUUGCUCUCACUCCCUCCUCUCUAGAGUUGUGCUUACUGAUACCUUCACAGACACAAACAUGCACAUCCUUGGGCUGGAAUUAUCACUUCUCUAUCCCUCUGGAAAGCCAGAAGGGUUGGCUCUGAGAGGUGUCUAUAGACCAGGGCCCUUGGGAUUCUCUCUUCCAUUGUAGAGGGUUGAAAUCCCUUAUUGAACAGUAUUGCCACAUCUGGAGCACAGGCCCAGAGUUGGCCUGUCUCCCCUUCAGCUCUGGAACAUGGCCUGAUGUAAAUUGUAUAUAUUGUAGAGAACUUUUUAUUUGUGUGUCUUUAUAUCUAAGAUUUGUACUUGAAUUUUUAUAGUUUGAUAUUAAAAGUUCUGCUAAAGAA